AUGGUAUUUCUAGCACUGGACGAAUCGAUAUCAGGCUCUGAAAGCUCAUCGACAGAGGAUGAACAGUCCUCGGAUCCACUGGCGACUUUGCUACGAAAGAAGGCUACAAUAAAAGCUGCCGAGGAACUCGGAGAGGAUUCACCCAGAAAGCCGAGAACUCCGAUAAUAUGGAUGUCGUCGCCAAUGCUCCCAGAGUCUACAUACGUUGGAGUAUACCGAGCAAUCCUGCCGGAUUCCACAGAAGAGAGCGAAGUCACCCAAAUACUUCCUACCCUACAGACACAAACGACAACGGCUCUUCCUACAGCUUCGGAUCCCCACGUUUUCCUAUGUAUGAUCGGUGGUGGGCAUUUUGCGGCUAUGAUAGUAUCACUUAUUCCGAAAUUGGUAAAACGCUCUGGGGUGGUCGAGAGAGAAGCUGUGGUACUUGCACAUAAGACGUUCCAUCGUUACACGACCCGUCGAAAGCAGGGUGGUUCACAAUCUGCAAACGACAAUUCCAAAGGCACGGCCCACAGUGCCGGUAGCUCCCUCCGUAGGUACAAUGAAGCUGCUCUAACGGCAGAUAUAAGAGAAUUGUUGGGGAAUUGGAAGGAGAUGCUUGAUUCUUCGAGUUUAUUGUUUAUUCGUGCUACGGGGACAAGUAAUCGGAAAACAUUGUUUGGUGGUGAUAGCCCGGUCAUCAGGUCGACAGAUAAGAGAAUACGAGGGUUUCCAUUUACGACGAGACGGGCGACGCAGAGCGAACUUAUGAGAUGUUUUGUGGAGGUUACGAGGUUAAAGGUAUCGAAAAUUGAUGAGACGGUUACCGCUGCACCUGUGGCAGCUACAUCGUCGGCACCUACGCCUAAGGCACCUGUCGCAAAGCUGAAGCCUUCGAAGGAAGAAGCAUUGAAAUUACAACAUACGACAACGUUAACAACAUUGCUCCGUCGGUCGAAAGCACCGGCGAUAAUUACAUACUUGAAUUCGAAUAAGUUACCAUUUACGUAUUAUUUUACACCUACCAACCACCAUACACCCACCUUACUACAUCUAGCAGCGUCACAAUCACAUCCAACAAUUGUGCUAGCACUGCUUACAAAGGCACCUAAUGGGAAUAAGGAGUCUGCAGAUCCUACGGUCAAGAAUUCGGCGGGGAAGACGCCCUACGAUCUCGCUGGUGAUAAAGCCACCCGUGAGAUAUUUCGGGUGGCCCGACAGGAGCUUGGAGAAGAUAGGUUCGACUGGGAAUUGCUUGGAGUAGGGUCCUCGAUUUCACGGAAAGAGUAUGACGAAGCUACAGAGCGUGAAAAGACGGCGAAGGAUGCUGAGGAGAAGGACAGAAGGGAUAAGGAAACUGCAAGGUUAAGGAAUAUGCCUGAUACUGGCAGCAGUUCUUCGGCAGCAAGCAAAGGCGGGAAGAGCUUGGCCGAGGUAUUGGGAACCAACGCUGCUACAAAUGCGAGGGAGGAAGAAACUAAAGGCUUGAGCGAAGAGGCGAAAAGAAGGCUAGAGCGGGAGAGAAGAGCUAGGGCUGCGGAGGAGAGGAUGAAGCGGUUAGCGGGGAAGUAA